AUCUAUUCUGUUUGAAAACUGGGCCCACUGAAUUUAUCUGUAACUGUUCUUUCCUUAUGUACUUAAAAAAUAAUGUUCUAGAAGCGUCUGUGGCAAGUUAGCUGCGUUUUUAGUUUUUGCUUUGCCUUUGGUUGUGACAGAUGGCGAAGUCGAGUGAUUGCACCAGCAAUUAAUUUCAAUAAAUAUCCAUGUUAAUCAUCAUCAUGGGAUUGAUCCUUCAGAGCCAGAUACGUUAUUGUUAGUAACUAAAAGUAAAGUACCAUUGCGAUGGAACAACUCAAACGGAUAAAGGGAGUGAGGGGCCGUCUCAAAUCCAGCCUCACCAAACUGCUAUACACAGCAGAAAACUCUUCCGCAUCAAUCGGCGUUGACGUGGAGGUACUGCUAGUCAGGCCCGACAAAGUUUGGAAUGAUUUCGAACUUGCCGGAGAUGAUCUGAGCGUGCUUGACGUCGAGGGCUGGGUUGAUCCUGCGGAUGACUACGGCAUGUAUGAGGCGAAGUACCUAAAAGCCCGUGCGCUUUUAUUUUCCCUCAAGCGCUCACAGAAGCCGACAACACCAACAACAAAGAGACAUGCAAAAGGAGACUCAAUAGCUAACAACGACGCUAUUUCUCGCUUAGUGCAGCAACAACAAGAGUUCUUCGAACGCCUCGAAGCAACUUUAACACCAACCCAGGCUGAAGCCGCGGCUCCAGUAAGGGAGACAGAAUUACCGAAAAUUCACAUAAAACCGUUUGGUGGCUUUUACAAGAUGAGGCUGCAAGUUUGGUACGCCACUUGCCGAUUUCUGAGACCGCAUAUGACAACGCUUGGGAGCGCCUCAAUGCGAGAUACGAUCGACCACGUCAAAUUAUUCACAACCUGUUGGACAUCUUUAUACAUAAUACAUAACAUAAUUGACCAGGUAUCCCUGGAGAGUUUUUUCCAAAUUUGUUUAAAUUUCUAUUUUUUAAAUAACAAAUUAGCCGAUUUUUUUCCUCAAAAAUCACGUUUUUUACUUCAAAGUGUUCCCAAAAAUUUAAAAAUCGGAUCUUCUAAAAACCCUCCCAGGGUUACCUGGGAAAAAUGUCUAUCUAACGAUAGAACUUUAAUUUUUUGAUUUCAGAUAAUCUACAACCGAUAUAUGAGGGGCACCGCAAUGCAACUUUUUUUCGAGGAGCCUGCUAAUAAUGGUCGCCAUUGCCGUAGUUCUUAUUAUUUUUUUCUGAAAAUUUUACAAAACAUUCUUCAAAUGUUGUACUUCAAUCUAAAAAUAGUUUAAAUAAAUAGAUGUUUACCAGAUCCUCAAAAAAAAAACAUGAAAAUGUGUCUUUUUUUGCUCGCUCAGACCCUAACCCCCCCUUAAAUUCACUAAGAGUCGAUGAGUUCUUCAAGUUCCUGGAAGCACGAUGUGAAGAAUUUGAGCUAUGUCAAAGCGAUCCUGUACCGAGACAGGAUGGUAACAACAAGAAGUCAAGCAGAGCCAUGGUAACUGCUGCGCUGACAAAAUGCGUAAAUUGUAAUGCGGAAUGUCUAAGUGUCCUCAAUUCAUUGGUUUGUCUAUCGAUCAACGCCAUUUUUUUGUAAAGCACAAAUCGCUCUGUUCUAACUGUCUCAAACCUGGUCACAAGUCAUCAAACUAUAGCUCAAAGUGCAACUGUCAGCAGUGUGGCAGCAGACACCACACACUCAUACACACGCAUGCUAUGCAGACCAACGAGGGUCAAAUCACAACCACGUCUUCAAGCGAUCGCAAGGAUCCAGACACAACAUCGGUGACUGCGAGUCACAUGUCACAGGCACUACUCACGCCAACCCUGUUGCCACAUGGGCAAGUAGGACGAACAUGCACAUUGCCGACUGCAUUGGUACACAUCCGCAACUCUCAAGGUACAUACACAAACUGCCGGGUGCUACUCGACACGAGCUCGGAGUUAUCAUAUGUAUCGGAACGCUGUAUUAAGGCUUAGUCGGGUUCCUGGCCGAAUUCUCAUUUCCGGCAUUUCUUCAAUCAAGGCUGUACCACGAGGGGAGUCAGCACACUCACAAGUCUCAAGUUUCUGAUCACUCGCUACAAGUAAAAGGUCAUAUUCUAGGAAAAAUCAUAUCUACGCUGGCAAGGGACAACAUCGAUGCAUCUGCGCUUGAGAUCUUCAAUGGGAUUCCGCUUGCAGACACUGAAUUCAACUCGGCAUCUCCUAUAGACGUUCUACUAGGCACCGAUUCUGUAUGGGCUAUUUUAACCGGCAACAGGAAGCUGG